AUCCGUAUACUCCAUCAGCAUGGGUAGCUACUCCACACAUCAAGUUCUUUCUCUGCUCAAAAAAGGGAAAAGGCUUCAAAAUUUCUUGUUGCAAGCUGAAUUAAAACUAUUAGGACGUGCAGCAAAUAAAUUUUAUGAUAAUUUUGACCCUGAUGAAAAGCUGUGUCAAUCAAUAUUAAAUAAAUACCGUAUAUCAUCACGACAUAUUCUUAAUUAUCAAUUCUCUCCCAGUAAAAAGCUAUUAGCAGCACAAGUCGAGGCUAAUAAAACACUUAUAAUUAAUUCAGAUGAAGGACAUAUUGAUUCAAUUAAUUGUAAUCCUUCUCAGAUAUUGUUGCCUAAUGAUAGUUCCAUACUUUAUGUAACUAAGAGCUCUGUCAAUGAAAGACCUCAUGAAGUUUGGAGUCGGUCGCUACAAAAGCAAGAUACUUUAUUGUAUCAAGAAAAUAAUGAAAGUAUGCAAUUGAAUUUGGCACAAACAAGAGACAAUAAAUACAUUACUAUUACCUCUGUUUCAAGACUCUGCUCAGAAGUUAGGUUGUUACCUUUAUCCAUGGAUAUGUCAUGCUCUCCAGCAUUAGUAAAAGAAGCUGGAACUAAUAAUUAUUACUAUAUUGAUAGUGCACAUGACAGAUUAUAUAUUUUAACAAAUUAUUUACAAGAAAAUAGUAACUUUCAGUUGAUGACAGCUUCAUAUGGAUGUUCAAGCAGAUGGGAACCAUUUUACAUUCCUGACAGCAAUUUUAUAUUGCAAGAUAUUGAACUCUUCAACUCAUUCAUUGUAAUGUAUGGAAACACACGUGAUCCAACAUUACCUGUCAUCAUAAUUAAUAACAUUAAAAAUGAAACGUUUCACAAAAUUGUAUUAAAAGACUUUACUUAUGUACAAAAAGCAAGCAAUAAUUAUUUAUCUGAGGCUAUUAAACUGACUGCUUCCUCAGUAAUAUCACCUCCAAAACAUAUUACAAUUUCUCAUGAAGGAGACAUAUCAUUUAAGAACAAAACCAACUUUAAAUUACAUUUGAAGCAUUUGAAAGCAAAAGCUAAGGAUGGUGUUAUGAUUCCAAUCACAUUGUUUUAUGAUUCAAAAAGAAUUGAAUUGAAUGGAUCUAAUCCAAUGCUUAUGAUUGCAUAUGGUUGUCAUGGAGUAUCACUGUACACUGGAUAUGAUGAAACACUACUUCCAUUAAUAAGAAGAGGGUGGAUAUUAGCCUACUGCCAUAUAAGAGGAGGAGGUGAGUUAGGAAGACAGUGGUAUUUUGAUGCAGUUAAAGAAAAGAAACUGAACUCUUUUAACGAUCUAAUUUAUUGUGCUAAUCAUCUCCAUAGAACUGGAUACUCUUCUCCUCAACUAACUGCUUUAUAUGGAAGGAGCUCUGGAUCACUUAGUGUUGCUGGAGUAUGCAACAUUGACCCAGAAAUAACAAAAGCAGUCAUACUGGAAAUGCCAUUGGUUAAUCUAAUGGAUAAUUUAUUAAAUGGGAAUCAUUACAUUAAUGCAAUGGACUCUGAGGAGUUUGGUGAUCCAAAUAUGGAGGGAGUAGUUGAGUCAAUAUGUCCUUUUCACAACUUAAGGAAACAAAACUAUCCGUCAUUUCUUAUCACUGCAUCAACGAUUGAUCCACUAGUGAUGUAUUCUAGUGUAGAAAGAUAUGUGAAGAGGUUAAAGGAUUGCAUAGAGCAAUACAGAGCAACUUCUGUCAGUGAUUGUCAUACUGAGGGCAUGAAAAGAGGAACAGUUAUAUUUCAUAAAGAAACUGACUCUUCACAUUAUUGGGCUGAUAGCUCCGCCAUUCAGAAACAAGCUCUACUUAAGUUAAAUUUUCUCAUUAAUGCAGUUCAAAGAGGAUAAAAAUCAA